AUGGUCGACCCGAAACAACAUGUCGAGCCCUCUCAACAAGUAUUUAUUGCUGAGCAUGAUCUCUAUGCCGUUGUCGUUGCUUUGACGGUCGUGGGCUCGGUCUUUCUUAUCCCAACUGCGUACCUUCGAUGGAGACACAACAGGCUGAAAGAACUGGAGGUUAUCUUUAUCGUGUUGGGAUAUGCCCUCUUUCUUACAUUUGAGAUCAUGCUACUGCAUAUACAACCGCUGGUCUAUCGAGUCGGUCGUGUUGUAUUGGGAAACGCUCCGCCUUAUCCAACCAUGGCGCAAGACAGGCAGAAGACAACGGUCCUUACGAUUACGGGAACCAUUGUGUUCUUCUCUACGCUUUGGUCGAUCAAAUUAUCACUGCUCCUCUUCUUCCGACAAUUGAUGAAGGGAUUGCCGGCCCAGCUGUUUUGGUGGACUGUGGUCCUGGCCUAUACCAUCAUUACCUAUCUAUUUUGCUUUCUCAGCACGAUAAUGGCUUGCGGUGGGCCUGCGAGGAUCAGCGGGAUCCAUAAAAAGUAUUGCCAGUCGCCGACAGAUAAUUUGACACGCAAUAUAAGCCUAUUGGGUGCAUUCGCGUCGGACUUGUCCACUGACAUAUUGACACUUGCGACGAAGGGGGAGAGAGUUGCUUAUCCCGUUACCGUAGUUAUGAUACUCCCGCUACGGCUCAUUUGGAACUUACGUAUCUCUCGUCAACGAAAAUUUGCUGCCAGUGCAAUGUUUUCCGUCGGUAUUCUAUGUAUGAUCACGGCAAUACUUCGUCUUGUCCAAAUCAACUCGACUACUGGGAUCACUUCGCCGAAUAUCCAAUGGAUCGCACUCUGGGGGACAGUUGAAGCUACUACCGCCAUCAUUGUUGGAUGUCUUCCCACGUUUCGUUUCUUGCGCAAAACCUCUAGAGCUACCGAUCAUGAUCCAACCAAGGGCACGGGAGAAAGCGCAUCUCGGCGGCCCGUCUCCAACGCCCCGACCAUUCCUCUUAAAUCGUAUACUUCUCGAAGCAACCCUCGGCACGGAACGAUGGAAAUCUCAUCCUCGAUGGAAAGCCUCACUCCAAGAUCAGGGUGGCGGGCCCCAAAUUACACUGAUGCGAGGGGCCCCGAUAGCUCUCGAGUGCUGUCGUCCACUCCCGCAGACUCGGAUUCAGACUCAGUCGUGUCAAGCAGGCCUGGUUCUCCCACUCCAAAGUAUACGCCCGCCGAACUGGCUGAAAUCUUCCUAGACUUCUAUACCUCUCUCACAACACUGCAUUACAACCCAGCGGAUCUUAAAAUCGCCCCCUCCGAAGGUUGGCCAAACUUCACUCCCGAAAUAUGCGGAGACUGGAAGAGCGACCACGCCAUUGAGGUCCUACGACGUCUACCGUACUUCAAUAGCCGCGCAGCGAUACAUUAUAAAUCGGAAUUGAUCGACUAUACUUCCUUGGAUCCGGUUCACUUUACUCAACCAGACUACCGCGAGGAGGGUAUGGAGUGGUGGUCCACUGAAGGCGAGGCCGAUCCAAUUCACAUCUUCUGCAUCGCGGAGGGUCAUGAAUCCUUUGGCCGCACUCUCUUCCUCGACACGAUGGCUGGUGAGAUCACCGAGCACAGGGUCCGGUCCGACCAGCUUGAUCCAGUUGAUGUCCGGACUUUCUUUAACGACCUCAAGGAGAAGCAUCGCAGCCUAACGCUCAUUCCUCUGGACGGUAGGGAGACUAUCGAGGCGGAUGAGGUGGACGAACGAACCGACGAAAUCAGCGAGGACGAAGUCGGUGCCCAGACAGAGACGUGGGCAACCGACCUAGAUAUCCAGUAUCUCAGGCAGCUUUAUCGGCAAUACGGUUGGCCUGAUGCUUUCCGCCGGGAGGAAGCCCAUCAUGCGAUCAAUGAACAGAUGAAUUUAUUGAUGGGUGACCGUUGGUAA